CAUAUAUUGCGAUUGAUCAUUCUAAAGGCUCUCUCCCCGAAACAACUUUGUAUCGAACUAUACUUACCACACACCACAUGGGCAACUAGAAGCGGUGCUAUACACUGCAUGUCUUGAAUAUGUCGCCAAAAUAUGACACCCUUUACCCGCACAUGAGCAAAAAGCCCCCGUUCACAGUAAAAGCUCCAGACUCCGUUCCAGGUCCCUGUGAAACUAUCCCUCGACGCUCCCCUGCAGCGGUAGAUCAACUACUCACUCAACCUGAAGAAGGCGUACGAACAACCUACGAUAUUGUCCGGAGGGCAGCCAGAAAGUUUGCACAUGCAAAAGCCGCUGGUACCCGUCGGGUAGUCCGGGUACAUCAAGAGAAAGCUAAAGUAGCUGAUAAGGCUGGGAAUCCUGUGCUCAAGAAUUGGACAUAUUACGAGCUUAGUGGGUAUAAUUAUUUGACUUUUGUAGAGUAUGAGCAGCUUGCGCUUGAUUUGGGGUGUGGGCUGAGACGGCUUGGUGUCGAAAAGGGGAGCAAGGUUCAUCUCUAUGGAGCUACCAGUCUGCAUUGGUUAGCUAUGUCUCAUGGAGCCGCCUCGCAGUCGAUUGUGAUUGUAACUGCGUAUGAUUCCUUAGGCGAAGAGGGAUUACAACAUUCUUUGAACGAGACUGAGAGCACGGCUAUCUUUCUUGAUCCUUUACUUCUUCCCCUCCUUACGAAGGUUUUGAGGAAUACGAAAUACCUCCGCUAUAUCAUCUACAACACAACAACCCCUAUGGGCGAGGAUGUCAUUAAAGGCUUACAAUCGGAGUUCCCCUAUGUCGAGGUUAUCAGCUUUGAUGAGCUUCGUCGUAUGGGAGUGGAUGCUCCUCCCACUAAGCCAUCACCACCAGCCCCAGAAGACCUAUGUUGCAUUAUGUACACAUCAGGAUCAACAGGACCGCCGAAGGGCGUAUGCUUAACGCACAGUAUGGUGGUUGCAGCAGUCGCCGGAAUGAACGCGGUCGUUGGCAAACACAUCAGUCCGGAAGAUGCAAUACUCACAUACCUCCCACAAGCACAUAUCAUUGAAUCUGUAUUCGAGAACAUGUGUCUCUACUGGGGCAGCACGAUGGGUUAUGGCAGUCCAAGGACCCUUUCCAACAACUCCGUCCGCAACUGCAAGGGAGACAUCAACGAGUUCCGACCAACUAUUCUUGUGGGAGUGCCGGCCGUCUGGGAAUCUGUCAAGAAAGGCAUCAUCAGCAAGGUUUCCGCGAAAGGCUGGAUAAGUAGAAGUCUCUUCUGGAGCGCACUACACGCCAAGUCCGUUGUACUCAAUUCGCGGCUUCCCGGCGUUCCUCUUCUCGAUGCCCUAGUGUUCAAAGCUAUCAAACAAGCAGCCGGCGGACGACUGCGAGUCAUGAUGAAUGGCGGCGGGCCGAUUGCUAGGGGUACCCAAGUCUUUCUUUCCAUGGCCAUCGCUCCCCUGAUCAACGGAUACGGGCUAACCGAGACAUGUGGCAUGGGCGCCAUCAAUGAUCCAUUAGCAUGGGAUCCCGAUUCGCUCGGCGAACUACCCGCCUCUAUUGAAAUUAAGCUGGUAGACUACGUCGAUGGUGGUUACUCAACAAAACACGAUCCCCCACGGGGCGAGAUUCUAAUUCGAGGCCCAAGCGUAGCAACCGAGUAUUAUAACAAUGAGUCCGAGACCAAGAAUGCCUUCACCUCCGAUGGAUGGUUCAGGACAGGUGACGUCGGUGAGUUUACUCAUCACGGCCAUCUGAAAAUCAUCGACCGCAAGAAGAAUCUCGUCAAAUCUCUCCACGGCGAAUAUUUUGCUCUAGAAAAGCUCGAAUCGAUCUAUCGUACUGCAACCGUAGUCCAGAAUGUCUGCAUCUACGCAGCCGAGGAUCAGGUGAACCCAAUUGCCAUUAUUGUUCCCAAUAAUGACGUGUUGAGAACUCUUGCAACGGAUCAUGAGAUCAAUGGCGGUCAAGCCAACGAUAAACUGUUGCCACUUGUUACGAAACAGUUACAAGAUGUGGGGAGAUCCAGUGGGUUGAAGAGCUUUGAGCUUAUAUGUGGUGCUGUGUUGUCUGAUGAAGAGUGGAACCCGGAAAAUGUAAGUUGAUUGAAAUCCGCGCGCUCUGUGCUCUUGUUUGGGGUUGACUUCUUUUCUUAGGGCUUCUUGACUCCGGCACAGAA